GUUUGGGACAAACUGACAGUUUCGCAAGCAAUGUUGUUAUAAUCAGUCAGAUCGCGCUGCUCUUUAGUUCGUACUUUGAUUCCUUCUGGAACAUUCUGUACUUUAUUGAUUUCCUCCAGGAACAUUGUAAUUCCAGCAGCAGUCCUCUUAGCGACCAACAUGUCAAAGUCAGCCGACGACGGGACUUUCAUGUACUUUGCUUUUGGCAGCAACUUGUUGAAGGAAAGACUGCAGGCGGCCAACCCUUCUGCUGCCUUCUUCACCACCGCCAGACUCAAGGACUACCAGCUGGAGUUCGGCGUGUGCGAGGCCAUCGUGGGCAACAUCUGGCACGGAGGCGUGGCCACCAUCCGCCACAGUCCCGGCUCGGAGGUGUGGGGCGUCGUCUGGAGCAUCAGCAACCGCAACAAGGACACGCUGGACGAGCAAGAAGGCGUGAGUAAAGGUGUGUACUCCCCCCUGGACGUGUGGGUGGAGAGUGGUGAUGGUGGCACACCUCCUACCACUACCAGGUGCAGGACCUACCAGCUCAACAACUUCCAGCCCUGUCCUCCCUCACCCCCCUACAAACAUGUGGUGUGUUGUGGUGCGCGGCAGCAGGGCCUCCCAGUGGAGUACUGUGAGCGUCUGCAGGCGGUGGAGACCAACAACUACACGGGUCCAACCUUCCUGGACCACAUGAGACACACCCUCACUGCUCUGGAACAUUCAUCCUUUAUUGGCUGACAAUGUGUGCGCGUGCGCGUGCAGAGACUGCAGAAGCAGAUGGAAGAAUAAAAUUCUUAUAUUUAUCCGA